AUGUCUCAGAAAAGUGUUGAACCACGGGUGGCGUUGAUACCAACACCUUCGCUGGAUCCCAAGAGCCAUGGUGCUGUACGAGCUGCGGUCGAGAUGACGCUCGUCCACAACUGCUUGAUCCGCGCAGUCAACAGCAUCUAUUACCAUGCGCCGUAUGUCACCACGACCAAGGACAUUCGCGAUUUCCUCCAUUUUUGCGCCAUCUUCGUCGAGGUCACGCUGCAUCAUCACGAUGGUGAGGAGACCUACAUAUUCCCACCCUGGGCAGAACAAACGAAUUGUCCUGCACUCUUGAAGGAGAAUCACGCUGAACACAGGCUGUUCCAUCAUGGCUUCGAACAGCUUAGCCGAUAUGCCAAGACCACCGACCCAUCGGCCUACAAGAGCGAAGAUCUCCUGGCCAUCUUGGAGGACUUCACGGAUCCACUUGCUGCGCACCUGACGAACGAGAUUGACAGUAUUCUCCGCAUGCAGGAGUACAGCUCGGAAGUCGCCAAGAAGAUCUUCAAGGAGGGUGUCCAAAAGUCGAUGGAGGGUGCGGACAAGGCUGAUCACCUGCCUUUCUUGUUCGGUACGCACGACAAGACGUUCGAGGGUGGCAAGCACUACUUCCCUCCCGUCGGAUUUCUUCUGAACGCUGCCUUAAUGUUUUGGUAUGGAAGCAAAAAUGCUGGGGCGUGGAGGUUCUGCCCGUCAGAUCUGUAUUCCCGACCACGGAAGCCUACGCUUGGACCGAAUGCUGCAUAG